UUGUUGGUCUAAUCAAUGAUCAUAUGUACACUUGUAUAUAGUGGUUCACCAAUUAAUAAAUCGUCGUCAUGGAUGAUUUGACGAGUAUCUUACAAAAACAAGUACUUGUAUAUAAUACAAAUCUACCAAGUGUAUCAAUUAUUUACUCCUAACAAUUUUUUUUUUUACGGGAAUUUUUUUUUUUUUUUUUUUGAAGAAAUAUUCCUAAUUGAUGACAUUAAGUAAAAACUUUAAACAAAAUUUCUUACUCCAACCCUCAAAAAAAAAAAAAAAAAAAAAAGAAAAAAAAAAAGAACUCUAUAGCAAUUUUUAUUACAUCAUUAAAAGCAAUUUUAAAUUUUUUUUAUGAAACUUCCAAUCCAAAUUUCUUAAUUUCAGAAUUUUCCCGUCGUCCCAAAUCUCCAAACCCUAGAAGACGAAAAUUCAAGCCUAUGAAACAAAUUCAAGCCCUAGACACUCAAUCCCUUCUUCGAAACCCUAAUAAACCUUCAAUCUUCAAACUAAAUUUCCUACUUUCCCGGUAAGUUGAAAAUUAGGGUUCAUAUUUCAGUGAAAUAAUGGACGAAAAGGUGGCAAAAUGGAUACUAGAAUUCCUCUUGCGAAAACCAAUUGACGAGAAGAUCAUCAAUGGCGUACUCUCAAGUCUUCCUUUCUCCAACAAAGAUUGUCGCUUGAAGAAGACGAUACUUCUGCGAAAAAUCGAAUCAGAGACUUCAAAUGGUUCAGUUUCCGAGAAGCUUCUAGAAUUGCUUGAACUUAUCGAGGAAUUGAAUCACAGAGCGGGUAAAACGGCGUCGGAUUUGAUGAAAAAGGCGUAUUGUGCGGUUGCAGUGGAUUGCACGGUGAGAUUUUUGGAGGAAAAUGUGGAGGAAAACGGGAAGUAUUUCGAAGCAGUGGAGAGAAUUUGGAGGAAUAGGAUUUGUAAAAUGGAGGGUUUAUUGUCGGAGGAAUCGAAUCAGUGGUUGGCGGAUGUCGAAGCUGCGGUUUGGGAUGCCAGUGUUUGUGAGAAGAUUUUGAUGAGGAAUACUAGGAAUGAGGCUUUGAAGGCUGUUAGAGGGUAUUUGAAGGAAGCUUGGAAGAGUAUGGGACCGACAUUUCUUGAAUUGGUGGCGUCCAAGUUUGGGUAUGAGGUGGAGAAGCUCGGUUUUUGCGAGGAUGGCGGUGGUGAUGUUGUGGGUUCGGAUAAUCCAUGUCGUGAAUUGGUUGCUGGUCAAGGUGGACUGCCGAAAGGUCACACUUUAGUUCGGCGGAAACAUGUUGCAGUGAAGACUAGACGUCCCAGAGGUGCAAAGAUUUCUGAAGGUAAUGAAGAAGCUGAAUCUUCUAUGAAUGUGGUUAACAAUGUCCCGAUCUGUGAACUGGAAAAAGUACAAGAAGCACUUCAAUCCAAUUCUUUGCAGCUGCAUGCUACUGUGAGUGAUUCUCAUGCUGAUGCUUCUCGAGCAGCUCAUACUCUGUCAUGUGAGGACAACGUUGUCCUGAACCACAAAACAGGCGAAGUACAAGAAGCACUUCAAUCCAACUCCUUGCUGCAGCAUGCUUCUGUGAGUGAUUCUCGUGCUGGAGCUUCUCAAGCCGCUCAUAAUUUGUCGUGCAAGGACAAUGACGUCCCAAUCCACAAAAUGGAUGAAGUGCAAGAAGCACUUCAGUCCAACUCCUUGCAGCCACAUACUGCUGUGAUUGAUUCUUGUCUUGAUGCAUCUCGAGAUCAUAACCCGUCAUCUACAAAGGCAACAGACAACGUGAGUAAUGUGAAUGCUUCAAAUAAGCAGACACGACCACCUGUUGUACAUGUAACACCUGAAGUGAGGAGAGUGCAAGAAGCUCUUAAAACCAGUUCCAGGGAGCUGCAUGUGUCUGUGACAGAUCCUCUUCCUGAAGCUCUUGAAAUAGCUAAACAAACCUUGCCUUGUACAGGUGCUGCAGGUAACCAUGAUACUAGUCAUACAACUGCUGUAGAAAAGCAUGACAUGAACAGUGAUGCUGUGUUACCAAACCUGACACAAUCAGUAAUCCAUGCACCUAGAGAAACCACUGAGAAUAAUACCGAAAAUGUAGAGAAGAAAGAUAAGCUUACAGGAAAUGCCCGAGGCAAUGAGACUCGUACUCCAAAGGAACGGCCUAAACGUAAGUGUAGUUUGAUGGAGCCCAAUGGCACUAGUCAUACAUAUGAAUGGGAUGAUUCUGAUGAUAAUGUGGGCAGAGGUGGGUUAAGCUUACCUCCUAGUCCAAAGAGGAGUAGGGUAUCUGCUUUGGCUCCGUACGCUGAGAAGAAAAGUUAUUCAAUGAGAGAAAGGAAGAAAUGGACCCCAGAAGAAGAGGAAAAAUUGAGGGAAGCAGUAAAGAAUCAUGGUAGGAAUUGGAAAUUGAUCAGGGAUAUAUAUAUUGACACAUUUAAGGAAAGAACAAAUGUAGACUUGAAAGAUAAAUGGCGGAACAUGAGUAGAAGCUAGCUUUGAUGAUAUUUGAGGUCUGGCUUUUACAUCUAACCCUUUGGGAGAUGCUUAUGGCAUCGUCACUUUAACAUCUGUAAUCUUCCUGUUUUUGUUGUUAAUAUGUAAUCAUUUUGAUAUGUAUAUGGUUUUGUACAUGGAACAAAUCCUUUUUUGUUGAAGACCCUAACCAGCCUCUGAGAACUGAGAAGCUGUUGGUACCGAUAUGGCUAGUAUACAGAGUAAUGUUAAUAUAUUAUCAUUGUGGCAAGCCUGAAGCUUAAUUUUCAGUUGUCAUAUAUCUCAAAAGCUUUCUGUUAAAUUAGAUUUGGAGCUGGACUUUUGUACCAGAAAUGCUUCAGCCAAGUAUAUAUUUUACAGUCUCUGUUGCCUCUGAA